GUAUAAAACAGGCUGCCGUGAGAGGAGCAACACAUCUCAGCCUCUCGCAUUCAUGGACGGAACAAAGAAGCAGUCAGUGGAAGAGUUUGGCGAGCUCUCGGGGAAACACUCGGAGGAAAUCACGUUAAGAUGGUCUAUACACAAGCUCUCGUGUUCGCCAACGGGAUGUCCGUCAGGAGCGAGCAGGAAAACCUAGCGGAGGACCUGAGCUUUCUACAGCACUUCAGAUCCGACAGAGACAAACUCAAACACUGCGGCAGACUCAUGAAAGCACAGAGCUCAUUAAGUCUGGGAUCCGAGUGCAGUUUGGAAGAGGAAGGAGAAAAUGAAGUGUGUCUUCAACUCAAUCUGUCCAAACGCAUUGAGAAGUGCCUCUAUGAGGCCAAAGGAGCCAGUCUGAGCUGUCAGGAGCUGCGUCUGCCCCGGCGCAUGACCGCACGUGUGGCGGGAGACAUCCUGCGCUCAUCCACGGAUGAGCCGUGUGGGAUACGAGGCGCGCUGAUCCACAUGUUCAUGGAAAGCAAGGGCACACUACUGAAGCUGGGCACCAUCAUUCCCGAUCAGAGUCUCACACCGACCUUCGAGGUCUCGGUGGUCCUGCAGCCUGAUCUGGGCGGAUGGCCUCCGCUGAAGAUCCUGUUCGGAGGCGGGAAGGUCUUGAGCCUCAGACGUGAAUAUCGACUGAUCAAACAGAAACUCUACUCAUCCGCCACUCCUACUGUACUUGAGUUUGAUUAAACGUGUGGUAUUAAGAGUAAAAAGGAGAAAACAAUGCCUGAGGUCAAGUUUAGGAAAAGUUCACUUUGCACAUUAUUUCUAACUGUUACAUAAGUGUAUUUCAGAGUUUACUGAAAGGUGUUUAAAAUGUAGAUAAUGUUCAAUUCAAAGUUGAUAUUGUGCAACUGAUAUUUCUAACAGUAUGAAGAGCUAUGUUGUUAUAAUACUGCAUUAUAUAUUGCUUAAAGGAUCAUUAAGAUUAUAAUGUUUACUGUCAGUUUUGAUAAAUUCAGUGCAUCCUUGCUGAAUAAAAGUAUUCAUUUCAUUGAUAAGAAAUCUCACUGAUCCAGAACUUGUGAAGAACUUGUAUAACCUGGGAUUUUAUAUUGUUGUAAAAGCUCAAAGCAUCACCAUAUCUUAAGCUCUGAUACACAUCACGUGUGAUCAGAUCAUCUUUAGGUGUGUGACUACAGAAUGUUCAGUUUUGAUUCUUCACUAUUGUUUACUGAUGUUCAGGGAUAUAGGAGGGUUCACACUGUGUAUGAAUCACGCGGCUGAUGUACGCUGACGUCAUUCAUGGAUAUCAGUGUGUUUUCUCGUGACUUUGAACAGGACAAGCUGGUAUUGUCCUCCCAGUGGAGCAUUUGUACUAAUAGUUGUUGUUUGAAAGCACAAGUUGAAUAAAUUAUUCUUAAAAUAA